AUGUCAUCUUCCAUCCUACACCAGUGCCCCUUUUGCGGCCACAUCUCCGACAUCUCCCUCUCCCUAGCCGCCUUCAUCGAGAACCCGCAUUGCGCACAGUGCGGUCUCUCCGUCUCCGAAAGUAGCACCAAGCUCCAAGAUGAACUAUCAGCCCUAUUCGACCGCCAAAUGACCAUGAACCAACCCCAACCUAUCAACUCUACUCCUCCACCUACAUCUACCACCUCGCAACAACCCAUUACCUACAGUAUCACCCAACACUACCACCACUCCUCCCACGUAGCACCCCCACCCCAACAAACCCCCGCACAGCCCGAUCAAACCCAAGCCCUUACAACCCUCCUCCUCCAACACGGCAUAAACCCAUCCACCCUCACCCCUUCCCAACUCUCCCUCAUCACCCACGCCGACCCCCAACAACAACAACGCCUCCUCCAAACAUGGCAACUCUACGCCGUUCACAGCCAACCGAACUCCAACGAUACCGCAAUGGACGACUUCAUGGACGAGCACAAAGGCCCCGAUGCAGAGCCGUAUAUGGUAUCCGGCUAUGAGUCUGCGUCUGCAUCUACGCUGCCGAAGGAACCGUCUACCGGCGAGCCGUAUGUCGCGUCUACGGAUCCUGUGUAUAUGAGCCAGCAGUGGUGGGAGGUUGCGCCGGGUUCGGUGGAGUCGCAGUAUGGGUUGUUUGAGGAGAGGCAGAGGUAUUCGAGGAUGCAUGGUUGUGCGGGUGUGCAGACGCCGCAGUGGUUAUGUCCGAAUUAG